CCCAAGCAUUGAACACUGCAAAGGUUGCUUAGCCUGCAAAUAUAUAUAUAUAUUUUCUCUUGUCCUUCUUAGGCGGAGAAAGCCUUGAAGUAUAGCGGAAGAGAGAAAACCUCUGGACAGAGAGCAUUUCUCCAGUGUUUGUAGUUUAGAAGGAGAGGAAGAGUGAAGGCAGGCUUGAGGUAAGACAAGGCCGUCCCUUAGCCUGGCAAAGAAAAUGGCUGACACGCAAAGGAUUGUGGGAAGCCAGGCUGCUCUCCGUGAAGAGGAACAGCCUGGGGAGAGAAUGGAGGAAGAUGACCUAGCAGACUCUGGGAAAAUGGAGGUAUCCGAAAGAGAGGGAAAAGAAUCUCAUGGACCCAUUCAUUCUGGGGGUCUUAGGAGACUUACGAAAAGUACGAUGACCCCACAGGUUAAAGAAGAGCCAGAGGAAGACCUGCUCCAGAGCCAGGUAUCCGAAAGAGAGGGAAAAGAAUCUCAUGGACCCAUCCAUUCUGGGGGUCUUAGGAGACUUACGAAAAGUACGAUGACCCCACACGUUAAAGAAGAGCCAGAGGAAGACCUGCUCCAGAGCCAGGAAUCUCAAUGGCAGGUGUCUCCAAAGGACGAGCCAUUGCCUUCCUCGAACUGGGUCAACCCACAACACACAGAGGUCGCCAUGCCGUGGGGAAAUAUCAAGGCCUUUCUGGGCCAUUUUGAAGGAACCAAUGAGGCCGGCCAGUGGGUCACCCACCUGGUCCCUGGCCUAGGAGAAGCCGAAGAGGCCUUAAGCAGCCUCGAGGCCCGAGAUAGUUUCGGGAAGAUGAAAGCGGCCAUCUUGCGAGGGGAGGCCGUCUGCCGGGAGUGGCAGCGACAGCGUUUCCGGCAUUUCUGCUACGAGGAGGCCGAUGGCCCCCGAGAGGUUUACAGCCAGCUCCGGGACUUCUGCCACCAGUGGCUGAAGCCGGAGAAACGCAGCAAGGAGCAGAUCUUGGAGCUGGUGAUCCUGGAGCAGUUCAUGGAGGUCCUGCCCCCGGAGAUGCAGAGCUGGGUCAAGGAGAGCGGCCCGGACACCUGCGGACAGGCAGUGGCCCUGGCGGAGGAGUUCCUGAUGAGGCAGGGAGAGGACGACUCUCAGGAAGAGAAGGAGAAACUGGGGGCGCUCUUGGAGGAAGGAGACUCCAGUUUUCACGAAUGUGAUCCGAAUCUGCCGGACUCCCAGGCUCGGUUGAACAGCUUGGCCGAGCAAGACGGCUGUGCAGAAGAAACACGCUACCAUGCAGGUGUCAGCGAGGGAUGUAUUGAAAAUGAGGAGGAAGGAAACCCGAAGCAAGCCGAGAUCCACGGAGGGGCGCUUGGAAGAGCUAAAAGGCAUCCAAAGAUGGGACGAAUGUCCAAGAAGCAGCUCAGGGCAAAGAUAAAGCGGGAAAGCAGUCCGGUCCAAAUAGCAGGCACCUCCGUUGUAAGAGGAGGCGGGGGAGACCCCGACGACACGCCAGUGAGGCCAAAGUUUGAGAGCCCAGACCCCUGCGAGGAGGAUGGGGAUGAUUUCAGCGACAGCUUGGAGUUCUUAAUUGACGCUGAGGGCAAACCCCACAAACGGUCAGACUCCAGGGGAAUGUCUGGCCAGAGCGCCGGCCUUAUAAAACAUCAGAGAGCCCCUGAGAGGACCUAUCAGUGCUUGAGGUGUGGGGAAAGCUUCUGCCCUAGUUUAAGCUUGGGUGAACAUGAUCCAAUCUGUGAGGAGGAGGAGCCUUAUGAAUGCUCCGACUGCAGGAGAAAUGACGCCUCAGGCUCCGGUCUUAUCAAACACGAGAGAAUCCACCCGGGAGAGAAACUUUAUUCGUGCUUCACCUGCGGAGAAAGCUUCAGCCUGUAUUCGAGCCUGAUGCAACACGAGCGAACCCACACGGGGGAAGAGUCCCACGUGCCUUUCGACUGCGAUAAGCGGUUCCGUCAGAGCCCUCCGCCCUCGGAUCAGGGAGACCCAGCGGGGGAGAAGUCUUACAAGUGCCCAACAUGUGGGAAGACUUUCAGCAAGAGCUCCGGCCUUCGUUUUCACAAGAGAAUCCACACUGGGGAGCGGCCGUACGCCUGCGCCGAUUGCGGGAAAAGCUUCAGCCAGAGGUCCAACCUCAUCCUGCACGAGAGGACCCACACCGGGGUGAAGCCUUUCCGGUGCCCCGUCUGCGGGAAGAGCUUCCUCCGCAGCUCGGACCUCGUGAGGCACGAAAUCACCCACACGGGGGAGAAGCCGUUCACGUGCUCUGAAUGUGGGAAGUCCUUCAGGCACAACUCGACCCUCAUCGCGCACGAGCGGACCCACACGGGCGAGAAGCCGUACAAGUGCUCUGUCUGCGCGAGGAGCUUCCGCCACCACUCGGGCCUCAUCAAACACAAGAGGACCCACACCGGAGAGAGGCCGUACGCCUGCCCGGUCUGCGGGAAAGACUUCACCCAGAGGUCGGGCCUGACGCUGCAUAUUAGGACUCACACCGGCGAGAAGCCUUAUCAAUGCUCGGCUUGUGGGAAAAGCUAUAGCCAGAGCUCGAACCUCGUCAGCCACCAGAGGACCCACGCGGGCGAGAAGCCCUACAAGUGCUCCGACUGUGGCAAGGGUUUCACCCGCAGCUCCAACCUCAUGAACCACCAGAGGACCCACACGGGCGAGAAGCCCUACAAGUGCCUGGACUGUGGGGAGAGUUUCUCCCGCAGCUCGCAGCUCAUCAGCCACCGGAGGAUCCACACGGGCGAGAAGCCCUACCAGUGCGCCGAGUGCGGGAAGUGCUUCAGCUUGCGCUCGCUCCUCAUCCGGCACCAGAAGAUCCACACGGGCGAGAAGCCCUACCAGUGCGCCGAGUGCGGGAAGAGGUUCAUCGAGAGCUCCGAGCUCAUCACGCACGAGAGGACCCACACGGGCGAGAAGCCCUACAAAUGUGCUGUGUGCGGCAUCAGCUUCUGCCAGAGCUCGAACCUGCUGGCGCACGCCCGGACCCACACCGGGGAGAAGCCCUACCGGUGCGCCAGCUGCGGCAAGAGCUUCAGCCGGAGCUCGAACCUCAUCGUGCACGAGAGGACGCACACGGGCGAGAAGCCGUACGAGUGCUCCUUCUGCGGGAAAGGCUUCAGCCAGAACUCCCGCCUGAUCAGUCACAAGAGAAUCCACGCCAGAGAAGCCGCGUGAGGAGACGCUCGCGUUGCGAGGAGCCUGCCUGCAAACGGUCCCGAGGACGAAGCGGAGAAGUGACUUUCGGAGCUCCAAAUCUGUUACCCAUAAGAGUAUUUAUGCAGAGCAGGAGUGGGCAACGUGCAGACACGUGGGGCCUGCAGCACCCCCAAUGCGGCCUCCCUGCUCCUCCAGCCGAAUUUGGUCCGACCAGCGCUUGAUAAAAAAAUAUUAUUUGGGUGUCCAUUGAUGCUACAGAGUGCAAAAGGGUCAAACCUAGCUUGCAAGUAAGCUAAAUUUGACCAUUUUGGCACUCGGUAGCAGCUACGGAUGCCAUUUCCCCCUAAAAGAUUAUGGGGACGACAACCCUGCAUCCCACUGGUUCUCAGCUGUGAAAAUGCGCUCCGGAAUUGUCCCCCCCGAUGUAGAAAAGUAUUGUAAAACAGGGGUGGGGGGGAACCUGUCGCCCCCAGGUGUUUUUGGACUGCAAACCCCAUCAUCCAGUGUGGUGUAGUGGCUAAAGUGUUGGGCUGGGAGUCGGGAGAUCCGGGUUCUAGUCCCCACUCAGCCAUGGAAGCUCAGUGAGUGACUUUGGGCCAGUCACAGAUCCUCAGCCCAGCCUACCUCACAGGGUUGUUGUUGUGAGGAUAAAAUGGAGAGGAGAAGGAUUAUGGGUUCCUUGGAGAAAAAAAGGCGGGAAAUAAAUAAUAAUAGAUAAUCAUCCCUGACUAUUGGUCAUGCUGGCUGAGGAAGAUGGAGCUCCAACAUCUGAGUGGCCACCAGUCCUAGGGUGACCAUAUGGAAAGGAGGACUGGGCUCCAGUGCCCAUCAGCUCCAGCCAGCACGGCCGAUGGUCAGGGAUGUUGGGGGCAAGGUUGACCAUGUGGAAAGGAGGAUAGGCUUCUGCAUCUUUAACAGUUGUAUACAAAAGGGAAUUUCAGCAGGUGUCAUUUGUAGGCAUGCAGAACCUGGUGAAAUUCCCUCUUCAUCACAAGAGUUAAAGCUGCAGGAGCUCUGCCCUCUUUUGUAUCUGGUCAUGCUGGGCAGGGCUCCUGCAGCUUUACAUGUUGCAACAAAUUACACCUGCCGAAAUUCCCUUUUCUACAGAACUGUUAAUGUUACAGGAGCCCGGUCCUCCUUUCCAUAUGUUCACCCUACUUUUGAGAUUAGUUCCAAAGCCGCACAUUUCUCACCUUACUUCAAUGAUUCUUGUGAAUGCUGUGUGUGGAUCACGGCCUCCACUGAGCUGCUUGUGAAAUUCAUGUGAUUAUUUU